AUGGCAGACACCGAAAGUAUAGUGAGAGAAGAAACUCCUAACGCGGUAAUCGAGAGAGCUAAAAAAUUCCUACGUGAAGGCUGUGGAUGUUCGCGUGGUUCGAAAGGGGGUCCCUGUUCAAGAGAAUUUAGAGAAGAAACGGUGCUAUUUAAUCUCAAUAACUGUCUCGAGUUGACAAGUGGAGAGCUCGACUUGAUAAUUUUAGCCAACAUACAAGCUUUCACACGCAACGACUACGUUGGAACUAAGAGAAACGGAACUUCAAGAUGCACGUAUCAGUUUCAGUCUGUCCUGAUUUGCAAAGAGAUGUUUCUUCACCUUUAUGGUAUAAGUUAUUCUCGACUUCGUCGACUCAAGGAACAUUACGAGACGCAUGGUAUCUAUCCGCGAACCCAUGGAAACACCAAAAGGCUUCCCAGUAACACUCUUCCCCAGUCAACCACAGAGAACGUUCAUAAUUUUCUAACUAAUUACGUAGAAGAGAACGCAUUUGUUCUACCUGGAAGAAUACCUGGAUUCAAGUCCGAGGAUGUAAAGGUGUUGUCUUCAAGCGAAACAAAAAUGAGUGUUUGGCGUGUGUACACUGCCACUUGCGAGACUUCUGGAGAACAAUCCGUUAGCUACAGCAAAUUCGUCGAUCUUUGGCAGCAGUUUUGUCCAAACGUUGUUGUGGCAAAACCAUUGACCGAUCUGUGCUUUACUUGUCAGCAGAAUACAACCAAACUUGUACGGGCCGCAAACCUUCCUGAGCACGAAAAGGCUGACUACAUAAAAGCCCAACAGGAACAUUUGGACUGCGCCCAGACUGAGAGAGACUUUUACAGACAAACUUGUUUAGAUUCAGCAGCGACUUUCAAGCAAAUAGAAGAGGAAAUGAAUUUGAACGAAGAACAUGAACCGUGUUCAUUUAAUGGCACCAUGCAUUACUCUUUUGAUUAUGCGCAACAAGUCCACUUUCCAAGCAACCCGAUGCAACCCGGGCCGAUCUAUUUUAAGACCCCUCGCAAAUGUGGAAUUUUCGGAGUCAUGUGCGAAGGUGUACCCCGUCAAGUAAACUAUUUAAUUGACGAAGCUGCGACUGUUGGUAAGGGGGCCAAUGCUACAAUAAGUUACGUUCAUCACUUCUUUUCGCGUCAUGGUCUGGGGGAAACAGAUGUUCACUUAAAUGCUGAUAAUUGUUCGGGACAGAACAAAAACAAUUACUUUUUAUGGUAUUUAGCAUGGCGGACUGCAACUGAACUUCAUCGUAAUAUAAACUACUCCUUUCUCAUUGCUGGACAUACUAAAUUUGGCCCAGAUCGUUGUUUCGGGAUUCUUAAGAAGUCGUUCAAAGUCAGUUUUAUUUCUUCACUUUAUGAACUUGCUAGAAUGGUGGACACGUCAAGUAACGCAGGAGUCAACAAAGCUCAACUGGUAGCCACUCACGAUGGCCGAGUCAUAGUACCUGUAUAUGACUGGAGCACUUUUCUGGGACAGUAUUUUAAAAAACUCCCGAACAUUAAAAAAUUUCACCACUUUCGAUUUUCAAAGGAUGAACCAGGCGUCGUCUACUGCCGAGAGUUUUUGUCAUCUCCGGAACAAGCUUUUUUUUUACUAAGGAAUGGCGUUGCUAUCCCUCCAGGUUCAGUGCUUCCACAAAAGAUCAACCCAGAAGGUUUAAGCGAGGAACGUCGAAAUUACUUGUAUCGCGAAAUCAGGCAGUUUUGUAAGCCUGGAACGGAAGACUUAGUUGCACCAGUUCCAUGAUCAUUAUUUUGAUAUCUCUGUAGAUGUGACUUUUCAUAAUUCAAUCCAACGCUGUAAGAGAAUUAGGAUUAUUAUUGCAGUUAUUGUAUAUACACCAGUCGUACUUACUGAUGUAAUAAAACAAUGAAGUUCUACUGAGUAAUUUUUUGCGAUAUUUUCUGUUGUUUCUUUUAGCAGUUAUGUUCAGUUAACUAAACCCGAUGUAUGAACCGAGUGAAACACGGUGUAGUCAAUCGAACUUUAAUGAGUAUACCCUUAAUCCUGCAUGCUAGAGAUAAUGGCUUUACGUUCCUCUAAUAAAUCAGGGAUUACAGAUAAGGGUACACUAUUACAAGUUCUGAUAGUUCUAAGACAAAAGGAAAAUUUUAUUUGCAUCGUUCAUUGUGGCGAGUUGGUGAAAUGGUGCACAAUUAGGAGAUCUUGAAGCUCUUUUAUUGUCAGAUAUUUCAGGUGGUAGGGAAAUACCAACAAGCCCUUUAUAGAUCUUGUAAAACAUGAACACUUGGUUGAUCAAUUUUUCGGGUAAUCGGGUUCAACGGUACUAUUAAGUUCGAUUGAGUUUGCGAGCAUAAUUAAAUAGUACUCUUCAUGAGUUCGAUUACCGAAUCAAUCGAACUUGAUUGAACUUAUCUAAAACGAUCGAGCUCAAAAAUCGUCGGAUUAAGUUCGGUAAUCGAACAAAAUUAAACUCUCGUUUUCUAAUACUCCGACUAACGAAACAAACAAACUUAAUGAAACGAGUCAAAAUAAUACCGAGCUCAAUCGAACUCCUUCGGCCGUUAGGCAUUUUAAUUUAAGAAGGACUAGCAAAUUUAGCGUGGAUGGCUCUGACCCGACAGCACAACAGUCGAUCGGUAUCAAAACGGACCGCUGAGGGAACAAUUUCGUCCUCAAACAAUGACAACAAUGCGUCGGAUCGAAAACCACCAACCACAAAUUAAAGAAAAUAACUAACACGUAACACAACCAAUGAAGUACCUCGGACUGUCAACAAAGGAAGCACAGUAGCCAAUGCGUUUCGGUAAUUAUGAUCCUUCGCUGAUAAUAGCAAUCCACGGAAACAGAAUAAAAGGUCUCACACAUAAGAUGAAACUUCAUUUCUGUUCGCGUGCCGGAUGAUAAUGGCUCUUCGAAAAUUGUUGCGCGAGACAAACUUACCGUCAAAAGCUCUCUUCUUCUUUCCCGAAGAUAAUAUGACUGGAAUUGCCCCUACAAAAAUUAUCUUGCAAAAAAAUAACGUUGUUAUUGGAGGAACUGUUACUGUUAACUGGCAAGGGGAAAGAGUGGAAGCUGAAAUCAUCGCAUUAAGUGGUAAGUAAAUUAAGUAACUGUUAACUGCGUUUUUCUAUUGCAAGGUUUGCCCUUCUACUGGAUACCUGGACUUACCAUGUUUUUUCCUUUUCUCGUUGUAGAAAGUACCGACGAACUAAAUGAGAAGGAUCUGAUUUGGUCAAAAAGGAAUCUUGAAGAAACUGCUCAAGUUGAUUACGGCAGUGCACCAAACGAACCUCCGAAGAAGAGAUCACGACCAGUAAGUUUGGUUAAUCUGUAUGAUCAGUAUUACUCCUAUUUUGUUCGGUUACGCGAUUAUGACGUUCUAUUUAGUGACGUUUCUAUUUCGUGUUACAGUCGAUUCCCGAUAACUCGAACCUUCAAGGGAAAUCGAAAGAAGGUUCGAAUUAUCGGGAGUUCGGGUUAUCGGGAGUUCGAAGAAAAUAGCCAAGAGUAAGGUAAAAAACAGUUUUUACUGCACAGUGAACAUUUCAAUCACAUUUUAUAGUAGAAAUGUCAAGUGAAAAUUAAAAGAUACUUCUAGAUUAUAAAUCAGAACGUAACGUAACAAAAUAUAGCCUAAAUAGAGCAUGCGUUUUACUGUUUUGAGAAAAAAAGCUGCUUCACGUUAGCCUGUGACAAUCAACAUCGGCCUCCAUUAGUAAACUAUACUCCUACAACACGUCAAUAGGAAAUCCAAAAUUCAAUGUUUCGCGCGUCCGUAGACGGCUUUUUUCCCGACUUUUUAAGGCUCAAAACAUGGUUCGAGUUAUUGAGGGUAAAAUUAUAUAGAAAAUGACCUGAGGGGAAACGAAAAUUGGUUCGAGUUAGCGGGAGUUCGAAUUAUCGAGGGUUCGAGUUACCGAGGGUAAACUUACAGUGAAUGUAUGACGGAAAUCCAGGGGAAAUCGAUUUUGGUUCGAGCUAGCGCGAGGUUCGAGUUAGCGAGGGUUCGAGUUAUCGGGAGUCGACUGUAUUACUAAUGUUAGUAGUCUGACUCAAAUGUUAAUGUGUUAACUUAGCACGACCUUUAAGCCUUAGUCACAAACUGAAAUAAAUUCUCUUUUAUUUCAGGAGAAAAGUAAUGCCAAGGAGAAGGCGACAAAGACGAAGGAGACCACAGAGCCACCAUCUACCGCGACAGCUAAAGUGGUGGAUUUGAGAAAGGAAGAGGUAAAUAUUUUACCGGUAACUAUACAUUUCAAAAAUUUAAAGUUUGAUUUUUUGAUUUUGAGUUUGAUCUUCCUUGAGUGGUGUUUUUCUGUCAUAAGCGUAGUUCCGGUUACAGCCGUUUUUAGUCAAUGAUUAUAGUCCGAGUAAAGAAGCGUUUUCACAUUUUGAUAAUGUAGCUUAAACUGAAACGUUUGCGGAAUUUUAUGUAUCUGUUUAACUCGCGGUGACUGAAACUAAUACUUCUUUUUUAAUUUUGUUCUUUAGAAAGAUCACGUCGCAGGAGACCCAUACGAAGAAUUUUUAAAGGAACAGAGAAAGAGGGAAGAAGACCUGGCAGCUAAACGUAAAAGCGCAACCAAGAAACUGAACCCUCCUGAUUCUUCCCACGACGUCAUCAUGAAAAAAAUUGAUUCUCCAGACAACAUCAGCCUGAUUAAAAAGCAGCUUGAAGCAAAAACAAGAGAGUACGAUCUUCUAAAGAAUCAGAUCCUGGAUCACGAGCGAAUCUUCAAGGUAAGCACAAAGCAAUGUAGCUUCUUUAUUCUCCGUCAAGAAUCAAGUUGCAGUGGUUACCAAAAAAUACUAACACGCCCCCUUAAACAAAGCAUUAAAUGCAGUUUGUAUCGUUGCUGGAAGUGUGUCUAUAUUUAUGCAUUUAUUUAUUUUGACUUAAGAUGAUGGACAGAUUCGAAGAUUCUCUUGUCACAUUGGGGGAGACCUUGGGGCGCAGGUUGUCACGGAUCGAGCAACGGCUAGAAUCUUUAGAGACCGUGGUAAGUUAAAUAAUAAGGCUUAAGCUGGAUUUCCACUGUCGCGUAAUUUUUACGUGCGUGAAUGAAAUAGAGACAAUGUAUGAAGGUCACGCAUAAACGUAAAAGUUGAACCUCGCUAAGGCGUAUUGUAGCUACUUCCUUUAGUGCACAGUUUUUAAAAAAUGUAGCAAAAUUAUUCAGUGCGCUCGGCAUAAGUCAAAUUACAGCUGAGAAAGAGUUACUGCUCAGCUAGACGCCGGGCCUAAAACUUGGAAUUUAGCACACAAUAAGUUUGGCCUCUCGGAAACGCCUAUUUCAAACUAACGUACCGUGUAAGCAUUAUUUUCCUUUUGUCCUUUUGAAUGCAGCUCAGUUCGAAUAAAUGGGCUUUGGAAUACGGGAAACACAAUAGUUACGAUUCUUUUUCUUUUUUUUCCUAUAGUUCAGGAGUGAAGAGACCUACAACUCUUCCGGCCUGUUGUCGAAUCAAGAACUUUUGACGAUUGACAUGGAUACCAUGGCAACUUUACAACACGACGAAGUCAACGCCAGCAUCCCAGCUACGCCAGCAGGCCCUGCUACCCCAGAAACACCAUCACGGCCCGUAAACGCUGACAGUAUCAUGGAAAGACCUGAAAUCCCGGUGGGAGAAGAUGUAAUUCGGACUUGCGUCACUCCAAGAAAAGUGCAAAGCGUAUAUGCAACAUUACAGAAAGAAAAGGAGAGGCAUAGAUGCGCAGUAAAGCUGCUCCCAUACUUCUUUAGUGAUGAAGAACUCAAAGGAAGCAACACUGAUGGGACCCACGGUAAACAUCCGCUCGACAGCAGCAAGCUGAAUUCUCUAAGAGUUUUAGUUUUCAGUAAAUUUCCAGUUGAAUGUACUACAGAAAGAGAUAAACUGUGGAGACAAAUCAAAGCCAAGAUCAAUGAUAGAUGUCGUGCUAUCAAGUAUGCUAAAAGGGCAAACUAA